CUGAGAGCCCGAGUCAGACAGCAAAAGAGACUGAGAACUAACAGGAAGACUGAUCUCCACUCUGACAUACUGAGACUAAAAGAGAGCCGGGAAAAUGUGUAAAGGAUUAGCUGCCUUACCCCAAACCUGCCUGGAGAGGGCAAAGGGGAUCAAGUCCAAGUUGGGAGUUUUGCUGCAGAAGCCAGAAAAUGCCAUCGACCUCAUCAUCCCGUACCCCGAGAAGACUGAGAAGAAGCCGGAGAAGCUGCAGAAGCCUGCCCCUGAGGAGGCAGCUCAGUGGCGUGAGAGUCUGGACCGAGUCCUGAACAACAGCUAUGGUCUGAACGCUUUCCGCACCUUCCUGCAGUCCGAGUUCAGCGAUGAGAAUAUUGAGUUCUGGAUGGCCUGCGAGGACUUCAAGAAGACCAAGAACCCCGUGAAGAUGUCUGCCAAGGCCAAGAAGAUCUAUGAGGACUUCAUCCAGUCUGAGGGACCCAGAGAGGUGAACAUCGACCACUUCACCAAGGACGUGACCCUGAGGAACCUGGUGGACCUCUCCCCUGCGACCUUCGACCUGGCUGAGAAGAGAAUCUUCGCCCUGAUGGAGAAGGACUCCUUCGGCCGUUUCCUGCGCUCCGAGCAGUACCAGGAGCUCCUGGUCAACUAAGCAGGAGAAGCAGGGAUCUGAGUGUUGGGGAGGUUUGGGGUGUUUCAAACAGCAGUUACUAAAUAUGACCACAACAACUUCUUAAAUUAAAUAUUUCUAAUAAACUACUUCUUGUGUAAGACCGCUUGAGAGACAAAGACAAAAAAAAAAUCCAAAACAAGAAGGUCAAAAAUAUAGUUUAACAAAUUUCAUUGGAGUUUUACUAAAAUAAAAGACUGCCUAUGACACAGCCCUGCCUCCCCAACAGCAACCACACACAUUCACAGAACCAUUCGUAAACGCUCAUGCUAGUCAGGACCUAAUAUUGAAAACAAUCAAUAUCAAUUAUCUUAUGAUUAUCUCCUAAAUUGACCCCACUUUGCUAAAAUUGCCUCAACAGUUUGAUUGGCUCACACACAAAUACACUGGCAGACUCGAGAUCUAACUCCAUAUGCCCUAUAGUCUAUCCCUUUAAAUCAAUAUCUGCUUUACUUGUGCAUCAAUGUGAUGUUGGCGCUUAAGCAGACAUGUCUGUAGACUGUAAUUCAUACUGCUAUGUGCAUGUGAACACAAUCACUGUCUUGCAUGUUCCAAAAGAAAAGCAAAAAGUAGCUGAAGUUUCUCACGGUUAAAGAGGGGGUUAAUCCGUUUUUGGCUACCAAAUUCUAGCCUGCAAAAACCAAAGUAUGCUAAGUAGACCAAUCACAAGUUUGAUUCAGACCAAUUUUGAGUUGUGUUUGAUAGGAAUAACAAAAGGAUCCCCACUGAAGCACCAUUUCAGGCUGUUUUAGUGCCAGAGGCCAGGAAUGAGUAAACAGCACAGCAGUGAACGACAUUUCCAACAAACACAGUUACAAUUUACUUUACUGAGCUCGACUCACAGUUUCAUGCCUAAAAAACGGCCUUUUCUUAAUGUUCGAUGGUGUUUAGGUGGAGGAUUGUUGUCAAUUAAAAGAUAGCUUUCACUCUGGGGUUCUAUUUGAAACAAGGUCAAAGGAUACCAAAUCGACAAAAAUGCCAAAUACUCAACAUUUUGUCAUAUUCAAAGAAACAAAAAAGAACUUGUGUGUAAAAUCUUCCUUAAAACAGUUCACUUUGGAUGUCUGUUUUCUGUCUCAGACAUAAAGUGACCUUUAAGUGCUUCGUGGUCUUCUCAGGAACAUUUAAAGAUAUUUGGCUGUUCUGAUUGCUGAAUAGGUGAUGACCUUUUACACAUUUCUGUCCAUGGAGACACCCAAUGAGACUGAAUGAAUUAACAGUCUCAGGUUUAAAUCACUGAUUGAAAAAUUGUCUACAAGAAGCAAUGAUUUAUAAUUUUAAUAAAAGAACCUGUAACAUAUAGCCUUGGUAACCAUUUUCUAAUAUCAACACUUGACAUAAUGAUUAUCCCACGACUACCUUUCUGUCUCUUUCACGUUCUCACACUCGCAUAGAGUUAAGUCUGGAUUUCACCAAACCUCCACUUUUAUUUAGGAUGCAUCCUGCAUGUGAGAGUCAUCCCUGAGAACAGUGCUGGCUGGUUGGCUCAGUGGUCAGGCUCCUUGGCUGCCACUUAACUGCAAGUUGCUAAGACGGGAAAACCGAGUAGGAGGGAAUCUUAUAAAAAGAAAAGAAAAAGCAAUGGUUUAAACAGAGAGAGGGCUUUUUUUCCCCCCAUGUGAUUAAUACUAAAGUUGGAUGAAGGCAUGCAGAGUCACUUAAUAAAAAAGUCCUGACCUGAGUUUUAGUGCCUGUAAUAAAUACACAAAGCCAUGGGAGACUGAACUUUGCAGGUUUGCAGCACCAAACAAUGCUAAUAGUAGCUUUAGAGAAUCAGUUAUUGUGUUCUUUAUAUAACCAGCCAAUGAGAAAGCCUUGUUUUGUGUCUAAAAAAGAAGAGCUUAAAGCCAUGGGGAAGUUUAAGGAAAAGGCAGCAAUGCAAUCAUACCUUGCUGGUCAUAAUAGUCAAAGUUACAAUUUCUUAUACGUACUAUUUUACUGCUUAACAAGAAAUAUUUUUCACUAGAACACACUGAAAAGAAACACUGGUAUUUACCUGAUAUACACCAAGCGGGGACAACGUUUGACACCGAUGUGAUGGUGGAUUUGGUGAUGUGUGCAAGUAUAUAACCUUAAGCUGAAUGUAGCAACCAUAAAGUGUGAUUAUAUUUACUUUUAACGGCUUAUUUUUUUAUAUAUUAAACACAAGCCGAUAUGUCUUACACAACACUCGAGUAAUGGUAUCUAGAUAUUCAGCACUUUAGAAGUCCUUAUUGUUGACUGGAGUGAAAUGACACCAAGCAAAUCCAAACUGAAAAUAACUUUUUUCCACCAAUUUUUUAACUCACUUUUUGAAUGUACUGUUAAAAAAUGGUAUUAGAACGAGCGAUCAAUACAAAAACAAAGACAUAUUUUGUUCAAUAAGCAACACUGACGGGUUUCUCAUGACACAGAUUGGCCAGUCUGGUGUCAAAACCUUUUAAAUGUCAGACAAUUUAACCAUCGAGUUAUUGAAUAAUCAAUGAGGGCUUUAUCAGUGCUGAGUACGCAUGAUUUGAUGUAGCCUUGCAUGUAAGUGUUGGGAGUGGUCACAUAAAAAUAUAUAUGCAUACAAGUCCUGAAGAUGUAUUUAUUUUUACAUGUAAAUAUCAACCAUUUACAAACAACUGUGUCUUAAGUUAUUUUUAAAGUGACUAUGGAGCUCGUGUUUCUUUGGGAGGAGUCGUUGCCAGAUCUCCAUUCAGUGUUUUAACUAUUAUAAAAGAGGAAACAUU